CGAUCUCGUUCCCCACGUCGCGAACGCCGCUCCUACUCUCCUCGCGACAGAUCCCGUGAGACUCGCCGUCGUUCCCCUGGAGGUGCAGGUGGAGGCCACAAUUCGAACUCAUACCGGGCUGGGUCUAGUGGUGCUAGUGGACCAGCCAGCAAGGACAAUAUGAUGGCCAACGUCAAAGAGAACUCUCAACAGGACCGUCGUGUCUAUGUCGGAAACUUGAGUUAUGAUGUCAAAUGGCAUCAUCUCAAAGACUUCAUGCGCCAAGUCAUCUACGCCGAUGUGCUACUUCUUCCGAAUGGAAUGUCUAAGGGAUGUGGUAUUGUCGAGUAUGCUACUCGUGACCAAGCGCAACAGGCGGUCAACACUUUGUCGAACCAGAACUUGAUGGGGCGUCUAGUCUACGUUCGCGAGGACCGCGAGCCAGAGCCUCGCUUUUCUGCACCUAGCCGCGGUGGUAUGGACGGUGGAAUGGGCCGUGGCGGCUACGGAGGUGGAGGCGGUGGCUAUGGAGGCCCUCCUAGCGGUGGCCCACCUGGUGGCGCUCGCCAGAUCUACAUCUCCAACCUUCCCUACAAUGCUGGGUGGCAAGACCUGAAAGACCUGUUUCGCCAGGCAGCAAACACCGGAGGCGUUAUUCGAGCCGACGUCCAUAUGACGCCCGACGGCCGUCCAAAGGGAACUGGUAUCGUCGCAUUUGAGACUGUCGAGGACGCCCAAGCAGCGAUUGCUCAGUUCAAUGGCUACGAUUGGCAAGGUAGACAACUCGAGGUUCGAGAAGAUCGAUUUGCCGGCUCUGGCGGUGGCUUUGGCGGCCGCGGAGGCUUUGGUGCCCGUGGAGGUUUCGGCGGAGGUUUCGGAGGGGGCCGCGGUGGCUUUGGCGGCCGUGGAGGCUUCGGAGGAGGCCGUGGAGGUUACGACGGUGGGUCGGGCUUUGGUGGAGGCCGUGGCGGCUACGGAGGUGGUGCUGGUGGCUACGGGGGUGCUCCUGGUGGUUCUAGCUACGGUGCAGGACCUUCCAACCCACCGAACCCUUUCACUGACUUCGCUGGCCCCAACGGAGAGCCUGGCCCGCUUAUCUUCGUCCGAAAUCUUCCUUGGUCUACCAGCAACGAGGACCUGGUUGAACUAUUCACUACGAUCGGCAAAGUCGAGCGCGCUGAAAUCCAGUACGAGGGCAGUGGUCGCUCACGUGGCACCGGUGUAGUGGAGUUCGAUUCCACGGAGAAUGCUGAAACCGCCAUCUCCAAAUUCACCGGAUACCAGUACGGUGGUCGCCCUCUUGGUCUUUCGUUCGUUCGCUACAGCAAUGUUGCUGGUAACGGUGACGCCAUGGAAGGCACCGAGUCAACCGCUGGCCUUACUCAGGAUCAGAUUAUGUGAGACCCACGUUCUGUGCUAGCUCGCUCGGUCGAGAUUCUGGGCAUUUUCCGAAUGCUUCAGAGCCACCCAGGCCGCCAAUUAUUGACUGGACCUUGUCGUCCACAAUGUCUGAUUUCAAAAGCGCUU